GUGUCGUUGAAUGGACGUGCAGUGAGAGCACAAGCACAGCCAAUUUGUCCCAGCCAGUCGAUGGUUUCGCGCUGCAUGGGGAAAUUCCAAACUGCGUUGCGCAAGCCUGCAUAUACAACUUGCCGACGGGUGAAGGACUCUCUCACGAUUGCGAGAAUGUUUCCACGGAUCAAACUUGUGUGGUCUCAUGUGGAGCUGGAUGGUCUGGAAAUUCUGAGACAUACACUUGUGGCAGUGAUCGUGUGCUGACUGGCGCUCCUGUUUCGUGCACGGUCAUGGCGACGACGAGCUCCAUAUCCACGACCACCACAACGACUUUGACUCUCUUCGUUACUGGAGUGAUCACCAUAGAACCGCGUCAGGAGCCACCCCUGGCGCUGGAAUACACGGACUUGCUUCAGACAUUUACCACUGAUCCAAAUGUGACACAGGCUGUUGCCACCGCCCUUGCAUCCGUUCUGAAUGUCAGCAUUGAUGCUGUCGAGUUGAACAUGACCAUUGCAAACAUCACCAUCGCUUCAGAUGCACGCCGUCUACUUGACAUGAAAGAGGUGGUACUUGUGGAGUAUGCUUGCAGUCGUUCUUUUCCAUCCUUGGCUCUUGCCAGCGACUGGGCACCCACAGCCGUGACUCUGGAGGAGGUGAAGGCUGCGAUCAACGAGAAUUUGGCCGCCAGUUCCAACGUUCGUGCAGACGUCCUGGAUUUCGAGCUUCAGCUGACGGGUCUUCCGGCUCCAGGCUCCCAAGAACGGCCAGGUGUACAUUGGCUGCUGAUCCUCGUGGCGUGCUGCCUUGCCUGUUGCAUCCUCCUUGUCGCUGGUCUGUUCUUUGUGAAAGUGUGCCUUCCAUCGAAGGCGCAGGCGGCCCAGGCAGCGGUUGAAGGACAAGCUGCAGAUGACAUCGACCCAGAGGAUCCAAAUGUGACUUCGAAACUCAUUUUCCAACGGAUCGUAGCAUUGGUGCUCGGACCUAGGCAGGCAGGAAAAGGCCGUGGAGUUGCCUUGCAUGGCAGCGGAGCCCGGUUAGUGGCGUUAGAUCCAGGGGCCAUAGUGGAGUGGAGGCGGCGGUGCGGUGUGGCUUUGGUGAAGGGGCCUCCUAGGGUGCCGGCACCAAUCAUGGCACGGUCUUACUAUGAGGCUUUUGAGGUUUACCAGACUGGUGCGGCUGAGUCUGGCAGGGAUGAGGCUUCGAGUGAGUUUUCCCGUGGCUCGGGCGUUUCGUUUCGUGACGAACAGUCUCGUCGCGAUUUGGAGAAUGAGCGCUGGAGUGACAACUCCGAGGGUCAUAGUCGAGGCUAUGGAUGGAGGCAUUCUGGUGGCAGAAAUGAAAAUUGGACUUGGGGUCCAAGUUCAGGUGGCAGCUGGUCGGGACGAAGUUCCGGACGUUGGGUUUGGGUGGACGAGGCUCCGAGAGACCGUGGAGCUGGGCGCUAUGAGAAUUGGCGCUGGACGGAUGAAGGUUCGUCGGAGGCAAGUAGUUGGGGCUCAGGGCUAUCACAUGGUCGAGGGCAUGGUGUUGGCGGUAUUCCGGGUGAUCCUGGGGAACUAUCUGGAGGGCUGGGUCCACGGGUUCAUGAAGGGCAUCCUGGGGCUUCAUGUCAUGGUAAAGUCGAUGUAGAGGGUGUUGAUCCAUGUUCUCCCAUGAGUCCGGCGGGUCAUGGUUUUGAUCGGCACGGCAAUCUCCCUUCAGGUGAGCUGAGCGCAGUUGGCGACGCGUCUGGACCAAAGGACGUGGGUGGAGAGAUGGCUGGGGAGAGAAAAUACAAGGGCAAACCCAGUAGUUCUUACCCACCAAUUUUCAGAGCGAAGAAGGGAGAAAGCUAUCAUGACUGGAAGAGAUCAGUUUCCUUUUGGCUAGGAGGUGAAGGUGGUCAAAUACCAGUGGAACUGAUAGGUCCCAGAAUCAUGGUGCAGUUGCGUGACCGAGCUUCACAGCUGGUGAAGCACUUGAACAACGAGGACGUGAACUGUCCUGGAGGAAUGGCCAGGAUUUUUCAGGUGUUGGAGAAGAGUCCGUUGGUGCGUCAGCUGGAUAAACAUAGAAUAGAUCAGCAUCGAAAGAAACUCAUGAACCUCACACGCUACCCCCAUGAGUCCUUAGAGUCGUACGUCACUAGGGGAUCUAUCUAUCGCAGUCAGUUGGUCAGCUUGGACAAUUCCUUGGAGAUGGGCGAGAAGUUUUAUGUAGGUCAUCUUCUAGAUCAUGCGAGGCUGAGUCGAAAAGACAGGGUUUUCAUCCGCACUCGUGCAGGUGUGGAAUCGGAGGAGAACGUGACCAAUGCGAUGAUUGAACUAUCUGCUGAGCUGGAGGGUGAGAGUGGCUGUCCUAUAGGGCAAUCAGAGCCAAACCUCGCGGGUGUCAAUGGCGAUGAGCACUUGGUUCAGAGAGAAUCCUCUUUCAACCACCGCAAGAACAACUACAGAGGGGCUUUGGCUGCAGAGAACCUCGAUGCAGUGAGUGAAGGUGGCAUGGAAGACACUUUGAGUCUUUGUGGUGAACCUGGUGAGGAAAGUUUUGAUGAAGAUGCUCCUCCUGAGCUCGUUGAAGCAGAGAAGGAGGCGUUCGCUUUGCAGUUUCGAGCCAAGCAGCGCAUGGCCGAGGUGAAGAAGAUGCGAAACUUCUACAAGAAGCAGGAUCCUGAACAGCGACGGCAGGAGGCCGAAUGGGAUCUUCUGGCUUCGCUGUGUUCCGUUUCAAACCCAAAGCUUGGCGCCGGUGAGUCAUACAUGGCGCUGACUGCAGGGUUGCAAACGUGGGACAGAGCAGAUAGGGUCUUUGGGGCAGAUCAUCAUGGAGUUUUGUGGUGCAUGGAUGAGUUAGCUAGUGCAGUUAUUCUGGAUUUGGGAUGCAUGCGGUCGGUGUGUGGCGUAAAGUGGGCCAACCAGUUGAUUAGGAAAUGGAAAGAUGAAAAGCGUUGGCUGAGAGUGGAAUCAGAAGAAGAGACCUUUCGUUUUGGGAAUGGUCAAACACUCAAGAGUCGUUUUAACAUCCAGUUUGUGGCCACUUUUGCACAGAAACCGGUUGCUCUGAUGUUUUCAGUUGUGGAUGGCGAAUGCCCGCCUCUCUUAUCCAGACCAGCAUGCACUCAACUUGGAGCAGUUUUUGAUUGCACUUCUCACACUUUGUCAUCACGAAGGUUGAAGGUCAAGGCCUAUGGCAUGAGGCAAUCACAAGGUGGGCACUAUCUCAUGAACAUUGAGGAGUUCCAUGUCAUGCAGCAUGUGAUCGAGAUUCCAGAAGAUUAUAAGAUGCCAGAGUCAUGUGAAGCUGGUUUUCAGCUGACUCAAGUGAUAGCGACUCGGACGCUCAAGUGGAUGGCACUCACCGAGCGCCGUCGUUGCCGGGCAUGCGGCGACUUUGGUCAUCGGACUCGCGAGUGUCCGGGUCUGACCAGCGGCGAUGCAAUGGAGGAGGAAGAGAUGGAUGCAUGGAGCCAGAUGAGCGAGACCUUCAUCGACCAGAGAGCGGCCGAACGAAGUCGUCGCGAGGGUCUGAGGGCCAUAGCGGCGAUGGAUCGCUACGAGGAACGCAGAGAGGAGAUACUGCGUGCAGCAACAGCAAAGGCCAAGGCAAAGAGUGCAGCAAGGAGCUUGGCAGUGGAUGCGAUGAGCAGCUCAGCGGCAUGGGAAGUGGGAUCACAGGAGGAGAUCACCCAAUACUUCGACAUGGCGAGCGGAGAGUUCCUGCCCACCCCGCAGGAGCUCGAGAUGCUGAAGAAAAAGAGAGAGAAGAAAGUGGAGCAAGCAGCCAAAUCCCAGGCCAAGCGUGGCGAGAAGGCAGCACUCACGGGGGAACAAGCAAAUUAUCCCAGUCUCUCGCAUUGCUGGAGCCAAGAGGUGGCUCUGAAUCUGGCAGCCAGUGUGAAGGCGAGGAUGUCCACGUUUUUGUGGAAGAAGAUGCUGUGGCAGUUGAGGGUGAAGAAGGCGGUGGAAAGAACCUAUCCAGGAGCGACCUGGAAGAGGAAUCGCCGCUGGCUGGCUAUCCUCAUGGGCAAAGAAGUGGCAGCCCUUUGGGGGCUGACACAACAAAUGAAGAAGGCCGUGCUCUGCGCCCUGGCUGUUUUGGCCUUGGUUCAGGGUGUGGGAAAGUGGGAGACCAAAUAUACGGUGCUCGAGGUCUUUGCAGGAAAGGCCACAAUCACUUCAGUAGCCCUCACCCGAGAAGGUUGGAAAGCAUAUGAGCCCGUAGACAUUUUGUUGGGCGGGACGAGUCAUGACUUGGCGAAUAAGAAGAACAGAGAGGCUCUCUUAGAAGCAGUGAGGAGAUGGGAGCCAGAUUUGGUGGUCAUGACACCACCGUGUGGGCCCUGGAGUUUGUGGCAAAACCAGGCUGCGGACAUGGAAGCCCUUGCCGAGAAAAGAAGAUUGCAGCUCCCGUUUUGGAAGUUGGUGGCGGACAUUUGGGAGGAGCAGACUAAACAGGGGCGUUUGGCCAUGACCGAGCAGCCAGAGACUUCUGAAGCGCUGAACCUCAGUUACAUGCUCAACAGAAAGGAGGUCCACCGAGUGAUUGUGGAUCAAUGUCAAUUCGGAUUGAAGGAUCCAGUGUCUCACUUGUUUUAUCGCAAGGCCACGGCCUUGGAUGUCAAUAACAAAAUGUGGGCAGAUCAGUUGGCUCAGGUGAAGAGGUGCAAUCAUGCCCCCAGCCAGCAUGAGCAGGUCAAAGGCACGGUGAAGUAUGAAGGGCAGUGGCACAAGAGGUCAGAGUUGGCCGGGAGAUGGCCAGCAGCAUUAGCAAGUCAUGUCCUAAGCACAGCGGAGAAGGUCCUUUCGGGCACUUUGAGCCCACAGCCCGAGAGAAUCAAGUUGCAUGAGCCAUGCGGUGGAGAUCAGUGGUUUGUUCAUGCGGUUGAGGAGGUGGUCACUCCUGAAGAGGCUUUGAGGAAUCAGUUGAAGGAGAUAGGCGGUGAAAGGUAUGACUUUGUCACAUUUGAGGGACAAGCUCGAGCAUUGCCGAGGAGGAUAAGAUCCAUGUUAGCACAUCUACAUGUCACCAUGGGGCAUUUGUCGAAUGAACGGCUGGCACGGAUGCUGAGCCUUGCUGGAGGAAGUAGACAAAUUCUGCUGGGUGUUCACAACAUGAGAUGUCAGGUUUGUGCGAUGGUCAAGCCUCCCUCUUCCAAACCACAGGUGUCCUACAAUAAACCUUCCAACUUCAAUCAGCGGAUUUCUGGUGAUUGCUUUCAUGUGUGGGAUAUCAAGAACUUGCGGUACACGAUUUGCCACUUCAUUGACGAACUCACAGAUUACCAGGUGGGGGAUAUCACCUUUGACCCCAUUUCGGAAUGGACUGCGCGGGUGUUGCGCGACAAAUGGUAUGGUGUUUUUGGAACACCAGAUGUCCUGGUGACUGAUGGGGGCAAGGAAUUUUGUGGUGCCUUAGCCCGACUCAAUGACAUGUGUGGUGUUCAACAUGAAGUUGUGCCAGAUCAAGCAAAGUGGCGGAUGGGCCAUGCGGAGCGUCACGGCGCUUUGGUGAAGAUCAUCAUGAUGAAGAUCAUCACGGCUCUUCGCAUUGAGACCAUGGAAGAGAUGAAAUGGACAUUGACCUAUGCGUUGGCGGCCAAGAAUCGUAUGUGCAAUGCCGGCGGCAUGAGCCCACUGCAGGCAGUGACUGGGCGGAACUCGCCGUUGCCGGCAUCCCUCAUGGCUCAGCUUUACAGUGGCAAGAUGAAAUUCAGAUUGAAUCAAGAGUUGACGAGAGAUGAAGCUCUGAGGAGAGCCGAGAGGAUCAGGGCGGCAGCGGUGGAAGCAUGUCACUGGGUGGAUGCACACGAAGGGCUCAGAAAGGCACUCAAUGCACGAUCAAGGCCACCGAAGUUUGAGGGCCUCAAGGAAGGGACAUGCGUGUAUGUGUAUGAACCACCCACUUCACGCAAGGGCUUGGCCAGGAGGAUGCAAGAUGAUGUGUCGUGGAAUGGGCCAGGGGUGAUAGUGUGUGUGGAGAAGGAUCAGAACAUACCGCACAGGGUGUGGGUGAGGAUAAGGUCGAAGGUAAAGGCGUAUCCGCUGGAGAAGAUACGUUUGGCCACUGCAGAUGAGAUGGUAAGUGCGGAGUUCAUCGUGGGUGCCCUGAGAGAAGUUGAAGGUGAACUGGAGGAGGGAAGGCUCAAGGUGGUGGAGCAUAGGUCGGCAGUGGAGGAGCCCCGGCCUAAAGCAAAGAAGCAAACACCCUCUGCAGCAAUUGCACCCGGCCGGAAGACUGAGGAGCCCCGGCCGGGGCGAGGAGCCCCACAUACAGCACAAGCUCAAGCAUCUGCCUCAGCAGCAGCACCCAGCCAACCGCACGAAGUGGCGGUCCCCCCGUCCCUGACAUCCUCAGAGGAUGAUGAAGCAGCUCGCCAAAGAUGGGAAGCCAGGCGAGAGAUGCAGCACGAUGUUCCCCAAGCUUUGAGAAGGGACAAGAAGGGUGCGUUGGAGGAGGAGGAGGAGGUGGAACCACAUCUCUUGCCCUUUGUGAAGAAACAGAAACUUUUUCAAGAUAUGCAGGGCAAGAAGGGUGAAGCCAGCACUAUGGCCCAGGCAGAGCUGAGAAGUGAACUUGAAGACAUGUGGCGGAAGUUGAAAGUCACACGAAAGCGAAUGCGUUGGGCAGAAAAGGAGAUUGGUAGGAGAAAGGCGUCAAAGGCAAAACACUCUAUCUUCCAUGUGGCAUGGGACAUAGACACGUUCCAGCAGAAAGAAAGUCGUUUGAAGGAAAUGCAACAGCUGCUUCAGGAAGCAGAAGUCUUCGGAGCACAGUGGAGGAAUGGCAAUGGUGCAUGGGAAGAAGAGAUUUUGAGACAAAAGAAGGAACGAAUAGAAGCAGAACAACAGAUGUCAGUCGAGAUUUCACAAGUAAUCACAGGCAAACAGAGACUGGAAUAUCAAUGGAACAAGCUUGAUGCAGCAUGGCAAGCAGCAUACCAACAACCUCUUCUCAAGGCAGUCCGAGUCUAUUUUGAACAUGAGGCAUUAGAAGGUGUGAAGGAGGAUGCCAUGAUAGACCCACGCAAGAUUCUCAAUUCAAGAUUUGUGCUGACAAACAAAGGUGAGGAGAAUUUGGAAGGAGCAGAGUUGAAGGCAAGGUGGAUUCUGGGUGGACACAAGGACCCAGAGCUAGGGAACCAUCCGACUUUGGCACCAACUUCAUCCUUGCUAGGGCACAAUCUUUUGAAUUUUGUAGCAGUACAGAUGGGCUGGACUGUUUACUACGAAGAUGUUUCAGCUGCUUUCUUGCAAGGCAAACCUUUGCCACGUGAAAGAGAAGUGUAUGUUCGGCUUCCUGGUGGAUAUCCUGAGUAUGUCAAGGAUGAGAUUAGGAAGCUUCUUGGUGCAGGAUUCCGAGUUGAUCUUUUGCGUUUGUUGAAAGGAGGUUUUGGUUUGGCAGAAAGUCCUCGUUUGUGGUACCUUGAGUAUAAGGCCACGUUGAAAGAACUGGGGCUGUGGGAGCUCAAAUUGGUUCCAGGCAUGUUUCGGGCUUUUCAUCCCAAUGGCGAGUUGAGAGCGGUGGUAUGCAUUCAUGUGGAUGACACCAGAUAUGCUGGAGAUAGUACCGCUCAAGAACUUUGGGAUGAGUUGCACAAGCGUCUGAAGUUUGGAGCUCUGCGGAAAGCCACCGAUGGUUGGCAGAAAUUCUGCGGCAGGUGGGAGCGUCAAGAUCCCGAAACAUUUGAGUUCUACUACUCCAUGAAUGAGUAUGUCAAGAAAAACCCCGAAAUCUCCAAGGGCACUAUUGAAUUUAACGGGAAGGUCCUCACUGAAUCUAUCAAGAAGGAGAUUGGUUCUUUGCUUGGUCAAAUUAGUUGGGCAGGUCGGCAAGGGCGUCCAGAUCUGAUGUACGGUGUCUCUCAUUGUCAGCAGUUGGCAGGUUUGGGCGACCCAGAAGCGAUUGUCUGGCUGAAGCGACUUCUUCAGAGAGCUCGACAGAGCAUGGAGAUAAAAAUCAGUCAGCUGGGCUGUGGCUUGGAUGAGGUCAUCGUCGUGUCAGCAAGUGAUGCAGCCUUUGCUGCCCAACCGAGACAAGGCAGCCAAGGCGGAGUGACUUGCCUGAUUGGGCAUCCUAAAAUUCUGCAGCAGAAGGCACCGACAGUCAUUUUAGAGACUCAAAGCGUUCGCAUCAACCGUGUGGUGAGAUGCAGUAUGAGUGCGGAACUAUCUAUGGCAGCCACAGCCUUUGAGCACGGCGAUUUCACUAGGGCAGUGAUGGCAGAACUGUUAGAUCACCAGUUCAGUUUGCAGGACUGGAAAUGGUUUUCUAGCAAGUGGAAACAUUACCUGGUGAUCGAUGCCAAGACAGGAUAUGAUGUGCUCAACAAUGAAGGAGUAACUGCUGAUCGAAAGAUCAUGAUAGAUGCUGCAGUUUUGAGAGAAGCAAUGACUGAACUUAGCUGUGAGAAUUAUGUGAGGUGGAUGCCUGGAAAAGAAAUGAUCAGCGAUGGUUUGACGAAAUGGAACGGAAACGGAGUGCUUGAGAAAGUGAUGAAAACCGGAGAAUGGUCUUUGGUUGACACGCCAGAAGCUCAAGAAUUACGAGAAGCGGCAGCAAUGAGAAAGCGUGUUUAUGAGGCCAAGAAGAAACAGUCACCUGAGCAAUGA